GCAGCCGUCGUCAUGGAAACAGAGGAGCAGGCCAGGAACCGUUUCCAGUCCGAGCUGGAGUUCAUCCAGUGUUUGGCCAACCCAAACUACCUCAACUUUUUAGCUCAGAGAGGAUUCCUGAGAGAGAAACCCUUCAUUAACUACCUGAAGUACCUGCUGUACUGGAAGGAGCCGGAGUACGCCAAGUUCCUCAAGUACCCCCACUGCCUGCACAUGCUGGAGCUGCUGCAGUACGAGCACUUCAGGAAGGAGCUGGUCAACGCUCAGUGCACCAAGUUCAUAGACGAGCAGCAGCUGCUGCACUGGCAGCACUACUCCCGCAAACGCACCCGGCUGCAGCAGGCGCUGGCGGAGCAGCAGCCGCCGCAGCAGCAGCCGCCGCAGCACGGCAACGCUGCCACCAAGUAGCAGCAGCCGCCGCCGCCGCAGCACGGCAACGCCAAACGUGGAUUCUGGUGGGAGGCGUUUUGGAUAAUCAAAGGGUGGAUUAUAGACUGACUGAUCCUGGAAUUAUAGGCCGAUGUUGAUACAUUUUUGAUGAGGAGUCCUUAGGUGGGACCUGACU